CCCCCCUCUUCUCUACGGCCUCCAGGCCCGCGACCCGCAAACGACCUAAUGGCGAAAAAGGGCAAGGCCACCGCCGCCGCCGCGUCCGACUCGGGGGCGUCGAGCCCCCAGGGCUCCGUCGAGGGCGGCGGGGAGAAGGAGGGCAGCUUCCUGCUGGGCCAGCCGACCUGGGAGGACGCCGGCGGCGGGCGGUGGCGGUGCGCGGAGACCGGGCACGAGCUGCCGGAGCGGGAGAAGGACGCCUACGCGCGGUCCCGCGCCUGCCGCCUCGCGCUCAUCGACCACGGCGUCGCGCACAAGAAGCCGCCGCUCAACGCCUUCAAGCCCCACCCCGAGCACAAGUCCAAGCUCAUAUGCAACAUUACGGGGGACACCAUAAACAAGUCGGAGGAGCACAUCUGGAAGCAUGUAAAUGGGAAGAGGUUCCUGAAUAAAUUAGAAAAGCUAGAGGAAAAGAUGGCAUCAGGCGAGACAGGCAAAAUAGAAGGUGAACAGUCAAAUGAAGUCGCAAAGAAAUCCAAGUCUAGCAAGAAGAAGGACAAGAAGAAGGGGAAGAAGGAGAAGAAGGAAGCUGCUGUUGUCAACCCUUCUUUGCCACGAGAACCUGAACCAGAAAUCGACGAUUCAGAUGAUUCAGAAUUUUGGGUGCCUCCUGUUGGAAGUCGUUGGGAUGAUGAUGAUGGGAAAGACCGAUGGGAGUCCUCUCCGGGGAAGGAUGAUAUAGCAGAGGAUGAAGGUGCAUCCGAUGACGAGGACGACGAUGUUAUGGCUGACAAGGAUGAUGAAGUGUCAGAGGAACUGGCUUCAAGCAGGACAAAGCGAUUGUCAGUAGAAGCUGUUGGACCAAGUAGUUUUGCUACAAGGAAGAAAAAGCCCCGAAAGGACGAGUAGACGGUUAUUUCUGAUCUAUUCUGCUAGCUAAUAGCUAUGCAUGAACUUUUUUCACGGUGCUUCAUUUGGAGGCACGAACUCAACCACUUUCUUUGUUCUCCCUGUGUGGCUUUGGGUUGGCUGAUCAAUGGCCAAUUUUUGUACUCCUAGUUAACCUGUGUUUCGUUAGUUUUUCUCAGUGCUGUCAUACCGCUGCUCGUUGCAACAUGAUGUGUGCUGAGCAGCCUUUCGUUAGUGGUAAUGAGCAGUGAUAGCUAUACUUCGUCGCCUACACUCUGUGACUACCCAUGAUCAUAUAUAUUUGACGUACGAGGGAACUUAUUUUUUA